GGAUAUUUGGCAUGGCACAGAGGAUAAGAAAGAGAAGGCAAUAUUGGCAAGCAAGUGACUAGGUGUAGGCCAGAAGUAGGCAACCUCGUGCCAUCCAGACUGCAACUCUCAAAGCCCCAAUCAGUCACCAUGUUGGAUGGGGCUGAUGAGAGAUAAAGACCAAUGCAUCAGGAAGGCACCAGCUUGUCUGCCACUGGUCUUGGCAUUGCUUUGAGAGGAGAGUAUUCAGAUCCCAGAGUUAGCAUGGAGACCCCAUAUUUUAGGAAGUGAAUAUUUCGGAGGUAGGCAGGCAGAAGAAGGCAUAGGAAGUUAAGAAUUAACCUGCAUGGCCUGGCCAGAGGUAGAUUCUUCCAGCCAAAAUGGAUGAUUUAAACCUGCACUACAGAUUUCUGAACUGGAGGAGGAGAAUCCGGGAGAUCAGAGAAGUUCGAGCUGUCCGUUAUCAAGAGAGGUUCAAACAUAUCCUUGUUGAUGGAGAUACAUUAAGUUACCAGGGAAACUCUGGUGAAGUCGGCUGUUAUGUGGCUCCUCGUCCACUGACCAAAGACAACAAUUACUUUGAGGUAUCGAUUGUGGACAGUGGUGUGCGGGGGACCAUUGCAGUGGGACUGGUGCCUCAGUACUAUAGCCUGGACCAUCAGCCCGGAUGGCUGCCGGAUUCAGUUGCCUACCAUGCCGAUGAUGGCAAACUUUACAAUGGCCGAGCCAAGGGUCGCCAAUUUGGAACAAAAUGCAGCUCCGGGGACAGGAUCGGCUGUGGGAUUGAGCCAGUGUCAUUUGAAGUCCAAACAGCCCAGAUCUUCUUCACCAAGAAUGGAAAGAGGGUUGGCUCAACAAUAAUGCCACUUUCUCCGGAGGGGCUCUUCCCAGCCGUAGGGAUGCACUCUCUGGGGGAAGAGGUCCGUCUCCAUCUUCACGCAGAAUUGGGCAACGAAGAGGAGGAUGACAGUAUCAUGAUGGUAGAUAGCUACGAGGAUGAAUGGGGCCGACUCCACGAUGUAAAAGUCUGCGGCACACUCUUGGAAUAUGUGGGGAAGGGGAAGAGCAUAAUUGAUGUGGGUCUUGCACAAGCCCGGCAACCUCUGAGUACCAGGAGUCAUUACUUUGAGGUGGAGAUUGUCGAUCCAGGGGAAAAAUGCUAUAUCGCACUGGGCCUGGCUCGCAAGGACUACCCAAAAAAUCGGCAUCCUGGCUGGAGCAGGGGAUCUGUGGCCUACCAUGCAGACGAUGGCAAGAUCUUCCAUGGAAGUGGAGUGGGGGACCCCUUUGGUCCACGAUGUUACAAGGGAGACAUUAUGGGUUGUGGAAUCAUGUUCCCACGUGAUUACAUCCUGGACAGUGAAGGUGACAGUGACGACAGCUGCGAUACAGUGGCUAUCCGGGCCAAGCCACGGGGGGUGAGGAAUGUUCUCUACUUGCACCAGGAAGCUGAGGAAGAUGAGGAUGAAGAAGAUGAUGGGGAAGAUAUGGAGCAGGAACACGAAGGCAAAAAAGUGGUGGUGUUCUUCACACGGAAUGGAAAGAUUAUUGGCAAGAAGGAUGCUGUGGUGCCCUCUGGUGGUUUUUACCCCACUAUUGGGAUGCUGAGUAGUGGGGAGAAGGUCAAAGUGGAUCUACACCCACUCAGCGGCUAAAUAUCAAGGACUGGAGAGCCUGUCUCUUUCCUUCUGCCAUCCCAUGGGACUGCCAGGUUGCUUGGGCUGUUCUUAACUUCCAGCCUGUACUUCCAGGGGCAACAUUUUUGUCUGUGGGGCCAUAUAGAUAAUACCUGUUUAGCUAAUACCACCUGAGCCGCCUAUCUUGUACCUUUUCUGCUUGGUUGCAGCUACUGUUGGACUCUGUGCUGCUGCUGGAUGUUGGAAAAAUAUUGAGGCUCUUCUUCCCAAGCAGGCCUGGGAUUAGUUCCUAGGAGAGGCCUAAUCUAUUCCCACUCAUUCUGCUUGGGGUGGUUCAAGUUUGUGUGUGGCUGCUGCUUUCCAGUCUUUGGAAGAGAUAUCGGGAUAUGGCCUGGCCAAGUCCAGUGCUGAUGCAGGGGUGCAGUGUCCCAUUUUGUGCAGAAUAGCAUCAGUUGCAGUUGGAACAGUGCAGCUGUUCUCUACAGUUGCUAGGGACUUUACAUUUGCAUACAAUACGUUGGGCAUCUGUGACCUCACCCUCGCUGCAGGCCAGCCUCAUACAGUCUGAGUUCUAACCUGUUUUUCUCCAACCCUCUUACAAUGCAGAAAAUCACUUUGCCACCGUAUAUGCACCCUCUGAUUAAAAAUUUACCAUGUGGUUGCAUGGGUCUGAGAAACUGCCAGGACCCUGCCACCUUUCCUGACGGGGGGUGCUAUGCUAGUUUUGGGGAUGGUGUAGCAAAUAUUGUAGAGCUGGGUAAGAAAUCUUUCUUGGAUUGUUUCUUCUAAGCCCCAACACUUCUGAACCCUCCUUUAUGUUAACCCUUGAAGGAGAAUGCCCUGCUGGCCUCUUGUCGCUACUAUUUCACUAGCAUGUCGUUUCCCUGGUAGCUGCCCUGGAGAAGGGCAGGGCUGUGUGAUGCUUGGAGUGAUCUGCCCUCUGUCGUCUGCUUUCCUGAGCCACAGAAGGUCCUCUAAUAAAGAAUAUAUGCAGGGCCAACCUGGUUGUUGGAAGGGCAGUACUUGACCUGUGUGCACUGCUGCUGCUGCUGAUCUCUGUACUGUCGCUGUCGUUCUUUUAUAAAGUAGGGGUGGAGCAGGGGUAUGGGGCAUGAAUUAUGUCCUGCAUUUUGAUUGUAAAGUGUUUGCUCUUUGGCCCGCCUUCUCUUCCUUGCAAAUUAAGAAGGGUUGGUCCUUCAUCUGUAUUGCUGCCUGCUUAUUCAUUCACCCUCUGGGUCCCUUGUCCCAUGCAUCGUGCUUGCUCAGCUGUAACCCUUUCUUUGUUGUGGCUUUGAUGUUAACAAAAGCUCCUUGGAAGGGUGAAAACCUGUUAUGAUGCCAUUUUGGGUAUAUGUGGCUGAUGAGUGGCAGGAGAAGCCAAAGAGUAGCAGCUUCUUUGAUCUGGGGGGUGGGGGGUGGGAAGGUGAAAGACAAGUCACUACUUUACCCUCUCUGGCCCUGUUGGGUCAAGGGCAAGUCUUGCUGCUAAGAUGAAAAUGUUCUGGGAAACUGAAAAUUGAAGGUAACAGUCCAGAAAACUGUUGCACUGGCUCCCCCUAUGGGGGCUCAGUGCCUGGCUUUGUUGUGAUAGUCUUGUUUUUAUAAGUUGGUAGGGUGGGAGCAAAAGCAUCCAUUUGUGGUUCUCUCUCUUCGUGAAUGUCAAUCAAUAUGCUACCAGCAACACUCCCUAACUCUUGAAAGUGUGAGAAGACUGCCUCCAUCUGCAGCCUUAACCAGUGUUGCCAAUGCUGAUCUCACUGGUGGAUGCUUUCUGUCCCCCCCACUGCUGAAAUUGUAUCUGGGAGCAGAAGAAAGCAUGGGGAGGGUGCCUACACCCCUUAGAGUCUAGCUUUCCCCAUCCUGAUGUAAUUCCGCACAUCUGGAGGGCAAUUCCCAGCAUCCCUCAGCCAGCUGUGCUGGCUGUGGCAUGCUGGCAUUGUAAUCCAACAAAGGUUGAAGAAGGCAGCCUUGGAGAGAGCUGGAAUACUGUUUCUCCAAUCCUCUUGCACAGUCCAUCUCCUGGGCUAUGCAGACCCAUAGAUUGCUGAUCUGAACAGAGUCAUCCUCUGUCCAGUUCUGUGUUCUUCCGGCUCCUGCUGCACCUCUGGAGACAGAAUCUUUAUACAUUCAAUAAAAUUGAAAUUUCCAUAUUUAUCCAGCACUUGAAAAGGCUUCUGGCUUGUUUACUUUGCAUCAACCACUCUCUCUCCCCCUGAAAAUGUUGCAUCAUUUCAGGAAAAAUGCACAGGUAAGUGAUAAUCUGUUCAGCAGAACUAAAGCACACCACUGGCAUGUUGCUGUAGUAUGGGGAUUACUUUUCCAGUCUUCUUUUUUUUUUUAAAGUUGGACUUUCUGUUCCAAGAGAAAAGACUGAAGUAUGUUUGGUGUCCCUGUAAAACAUGUGUGAACAAGCUAUGGCUGCUCUGUAAUAAAAGCUUUUUCUCACAACAGCUGAAAA